AUGCACGCAUACACUGUGAUCUUCAAUGUUCUCUUCAGCACAGUAACGGCUGUUCCAGUGGCGUCGCCGCAGUACGACUUCAGCGGCGGCUUCGUCGGUGGCGGUCUCGGGGUCAACUCGCUGGGCGUCGAUCCCGUCGCUGUCGCCAGUCUGCAAGGACUCGGAGGAGGAAUCGGUGGACUUGGAGGCCCAGCUCUCGGUCUCGGAGGAUUUGGAGGUGGCGGGGGGCUUGGCGGACCCGGAGGCAGUGGCCUCAAUAUUGGCAACAUAGCUCAGGCACAAGCUGGCGCUGCACAGACAAUUGGCGUGACUGGCUUGGCAAACAGUCUAGGCGGUGUGGGUGGUGGUGGUCUAGGUGGAGGUUUUGGUGGUGGCCUCUGUACGUACCUGUGUUUGUUCGUUGUCGACUCAGACCUGCCGCCGUUUCAGUUGCAAGCGUUAAAGGCCAACGGUCGGCAAAGUCGAUCAAGCUUUAUCACCAUGAUUAGCAAGAGUCUUGCUGUACUUGUGCUCGCCUUUGCUGCAGUAGACGCUUUGCCAGCUGCUGGUCAGUUAGAGAAGCGACAAUUUGGCUUCCUCCCCGCAGCAACCGGCCAAGUGGCUCCAGUGGCUCCAGGUCGUGCCACUCGCCUAUCCGAAAACGUCUUCCAAAUGAACCCAGUCGACGCCAGGUCUCCCUACUCGUCAAUUCUCAUGAUUUUCCAGAUGAAACAGCAGACUCCCGGUGACGCCAUCUUAGAUGAAGCGAGGCGAUACGCUAGCAUGAUUCAGCAGCAACAGCAGCGUGGUAUGGCCAAUGCUGGACAGCUUGGUGGCCAAGUCACACAGUCUCAGCAGCAACAGCAACAGCAACCCGCUGUCGUGCCAGGAAUGGCUCCUCAGGCAGGUUUGAUCUACCAAGGAGCAUCAAACACGAAUACAGCGAUGCAGCCAUCUCCAAAUUCGACGCCAGCCAAUGCUGUAGCCCAAGGUCCAACAGUUGCAGCAGCGGGCCAGACAGGAUCUGCCGGCGCAGGCAACCCUACUGCUUUGCCAGUAGCGCCUGCCGCGCUGCCGACCGGAAGUGGCGUGCAGCCGACAAAUGCGACGGUCGUGAGCAAGCGCCAAGAACCAAUUGUUCAGAUGCGAGAGGGACUCGAGUUAAGCAAGAGAGGCGAAGGGCGUCAGAAUACUGCGACAGGCACAUCAGUCCGAUCAGAGCAGCACGCAGAAUCUGCGAGUGGUCCGAAGAAAGAACAGCAGCACAGAGAGAAGGUGACAAUCAAAGCAAUCUCCAAUGAAGGGUCCAAGGCUGCUGGAUCAGCCCGUGUUCACAUUGCCCUGCGUAAUGCUGCAUUGAAGGACUCCAUGGAAGGUUUGACAUCCCAAUAG